AUGGUUGUGGCGAUCAGGCUCAUUUUUCAGGUUCUCUUUCUGCUCUCACUCCUCGUGAUUGUUGCAGAAAGAGUAACCGAAUUACUUGACGUUCGAGACCGAAAGUUGGGUGCCUUCAACAAAAAAGACAUAAAAGGAUUGCGAUUUACCUUUGACAGCAUUGAAAAAGUCGAACACAGCAGAGCAGUGGAGGCGUGUUUCUACCGGAAACUGCAGCUGCUGGCGUUCGACAAGCCUGACAAAAUAGACGAUUCGUAUUUUAACAUUGGAAAUGACAAAGAAAAGUUAUUGUGGACGAGUGCGGCGCCGUGUUCGAAAAGCGAUCCGCUGAACAAAACCACGAGUUCGUGCUCGAGCGUCACCUGGUGUCCAAACAACGUGGAAACUCGACUAAAUUACACGUUGAAUUUGGGAAAAUUUACUCGAAACGACUGCAUUGUUUACAGAUGGUCGACAAAGCAACUCGAACCAAAGGAUUGCUCCUAUAAAGCAUACUUUUCUUGCGAGCCGGCAUGCUGGAGGCCAAUUUUACCGUCACAGAAUGAGUGCCAAAAAGAUGAGUCCUUAUUUGAAGUAAUCGGCGGGAAAACGUACCUCAAAAAAGAUCAAGAGAUCCGCGGCACGUGGCAGCAAACCAACUUCGGCUUUUAUUACUUCUUUGGAGAGAAAUUGGUGAACUGGAAGGAAAAUUGGAUGACAUGCUGCAGUCUGGGCCUGAAACCUUUAGCUGUGACUGACUCACUGACGGAGCAUUUCAACAAUCUGAUUAUCAGUAAAAAUCUCUUAAAAUCCCAAGUGUUGCAAAGAGCAACAGGUUAA